AUGGACAACAUCGAUGGCAAACAGGCUCGACGUACUGGCUCUUCAAGUCCUCUAGGGGAAUUAUUCGACCAUGGCAUUGAUUCUCUCAACUGCACACUCGCCAGCUUGCUAGGUACGGCAGCUAUGGCAGCUGGUCCGACAAAACUUGGUGCUUUCAUUGCACUAUGUCCAUGCUUGGCGAUGUUCUUUUCAACCUGGGAAACAUACCACACUCACACCCUGUACCUUGGAUAUUUCAACGGGCCCACAGAAGGUCUGCUGAUCGCAUCGAUGAUUAUGAUCGCUUCAGGGUAUUUCGGCCCUCAAAUCUGGGAUCUACGACUGGUCGAAUUGAUCGGCUUUCCCGUACUGGUCGGAUCCUGGAACCUUCGUGACCUGUGGGUGCCAAUUAUCCUGGUUGCCUUCUUCGUCGCCCACUUGCCUGGAUGCGUAUACCAUGUUGUUGACGCACGAAGGAACGCCGACCUGCCAGUAUUGCCUGUCUUUCUGGAAUGGUUGCCAAUGCUCAUCUAUACGGGAAGCAUAGCUGCCUGGCUUGGAUCUGAUGACAGUCACCUCCUCCAAGACAACCAUCUUACGCUCUUCUGCUUAACAUUGUCGCUCGUUUUUGGCCGUCUGACAACAAAGAUCAUCCUCCACCACCUGACUCGACAGCCAUUCCCCUACUGGACCAUUUUACUGUUGCCACUCGUUGGUGGUGCAGUCCUUGCCAAUCUUUCUCGGCUUGGUAUUGACCCUGUUAGCCCAGAUUUCGAGUAUUUGUACCUUCAGGCAUACUUCGUGUUUGCCCUCGUUGUGUAUGGCAAUUGGGCCUGGCGGGUUAUCGGUAGCAUUUGCAGAUUCUUGGAUAUAAACUGCCUAACCAUCAAGCACAAGACCAAGAAGGCUGCCUGA